ACUACACACCGGAAGUGUCCCUGAUUACUACAAAAACUUCGGUUGAACGAGCCUUUGCAGUCAUGCCGAUGCCGUGGUUCUGGACCAUGCGGUCAGAACGGACCUGUACCGCUUCCAUGCUGUGACUAUAGUAAAAUGCUCGUACAGAAGUGCCUCAGGUUGUGAAAGAGAGCAGGAUAAAACUUCAGCAAAGACCUUAGAGAAGGGUCACCUUCAAGUGAACAAGCCGGAUUAGAAACGAGAAAGCUGGUGCAGACCACAGAAAACCAGACAAAACUACUCCGGAAGAUUAAAUCAGAAGAAAUGUUGCCUGUUCAGCCCUUUCAUUCUGAUAUUUGUACAUAAAAUCAAAUGCAAUGUCAACCCCUACUAACUAGGGUCGAGCUAUAAUUACUAGAGGUCUAACGGUAUCAUGAAGACCAAGGAGCACAGCCGACAGGUCAAGGAGAAGGUCGUGGAGAAGUUUAAAGCAGGGUUAGGUUAUAAAACAAUAUCCAAAUCUUUGAAGAUCUCUCAUAGCUCUGUCGAAGCCAUCAUCCAAACAUGGAAAGAGUACGGCACAACUUCGAGGCUUCCAGGACGUGGCCGUCCACCUAAACAAAGAAUCCAGUCACAGAGGGUAUUGUUCGCGGAGGCGUUGAAGAGGCCUGUGGUAAUCCUGGAGAAGCUGCCGAGAUCCACAGCUCAGCAGGGCAGAGAGAUGGACGGGGUCGGCUGGAACUCCUCCAGGUCACAGGGUUCCUUCAGAGCGGACACCCUGUCCAGGCUGGCUAGCUUCAUCGCACGCACCGACACCAAGCAACACACUGCCAACCAUCCGCCCCCCUGCCUUCCUCUGUAUGGCUGUCAGGAAUGUGGAAAAGGCUUCCCUUAUCCCAAAGAUGUGCUGCAGCACCAGGAGAUGGACGGCGUGCUGCCGAAGCCCCACCGCUGUACGCUGUGUGGCCAGCAGUUCUCCCUCAGGUCGUCCCUACAGCUGCACCGCUGCAACCUGGAGGCUGACAGCUGCAGCGCACCAUGCGCCGCUGUGCUGUCGCACCCUGGCAAGCUUCAGGAGACGCCGCUGCACCGCCAGCCCCACCUGUUAGACAGCAGCCCGUAUGCCUGCGCCCCCUGUGGGAGGGGCUUCAGCCAGAAGCAGGCACUGCUGCACCACCAGCAGGCCGGCUGCAGCGAGUCUCCGUCCAACGCUGCCGACGCCCGCAGCCUCCCAGACGACUCUCCACCCGUUUCUGAGGGCGACUCCGCCCACUCGGAUUUCUCAGACACGCCAGGGCCCAGCGGAGGCGCGGUCAGCGCGUGCCGGAUCUGUUCCAGGAUCUUCUGCUCAGACACUGCGUUGCGGCGGCAUUUUCAGGACAGCCAUGCAGAGGAGACGCCCAGCACCAAAGCGACAAGUGAGGAAGACGAGGAGAGGAAUGCAGUCGUGACCCUGAAAGCCAAGCGAAAGCUCCUGAGCUGCCGCUCGUGCGACAUGGUCUUCAGGAGCACGUCACAGCUGUACAUGCACCGCAAAGAGAAGCACCGCAGAGAGAAGCUCAUCAGGAGGGAGGCCAGGCCCGUUGUGAAGAAGAGCCGGAAGCACAGCAUGUAUCCGUGUCAAAUCUGCAGCAAAGUCUUCAGUCACCAUCUGACUUUCAGGGCGCACUGCAGGCAGCACAAAGCAGCCGACUCCGCCCCCAUCAACGACAAUGGCAGCUCUGCAGACUGUGCAGUCCCAGACUCCCAAUCCCUCACUAACGGCCCGGUAGCCAGACCGGGUCCACUCGGGAAGCCGCGCAGCAUCUCUUCCAGUGUGGAUGAUUCAGGAGGGGAGUCCGAGCGAGAGGACAGCGAGUUCCCCUGUCCCUCCUGUCCAGAGGUUUUCUCCACCCAGCAGCAACUGAAGGAGCACAUAGAGCUGCACCAGGCGUCGGAGAGACAGCGCCAGUGCAGCGUGUGUGCGUGUGAGAUGGACAGGUCCAAAGGGCCAGCCUCCAGGAAGCAGAGACUGUACCACUGCGUUCCCUGCCAGCAGGGCUUCUCCGCUUUGGACUCGUUUCUAGAACACUGCCAGGAGCACCUCCGGGUCCGGGUGGAGGUGGAGGAGCAGCGCCUCUCCCUGCAGCCCACCAAGGCCUGACCGCCAGCUGCAGCUUCCUUAUGCGCCAAACAAACAGCAGCGGCUGGACCCGGAGCGUUGGUUCUGCUCCUUGAGUCGUGUUGUGAUGCGUUCAGGUGCUGAACGUGUCAGCUUGGUGUAGGAGAGCUUAAAAUGUGUGACAGUAACUAUUUGACUGAUGGAGCUGAUGACUGAAUGUUAUUCUGUAGCAACAUAUCAGGGUCUAAAGGAAGUCCAUGUAAGCCUUUAACCACAGAUUACCUUUCAGGUGUUCUGAUCUCUGGAUUCUGAUUGGUUUAAAUGACACCCAUCAGUUUAAACAGAACUGCUGAUGACGGGACCAAGCAUCGCCACUAAAACGGUUAGGAGCAAAUAUAAAAUGGCAAUCAGAAACAUCAGAGGUAUCUACACACUGCAGUUGAUAUUAGCUAAGUGGAUUUUUGUUUUUUUAGUCAAAUAUCCAGUUUGCCUUAGAAAGUGAAUAAAUGCAUUAAUCGUUAUACUUCUGAAGUUCUCAACACAACUUGAUUUGAAAUGUUGCGUUUGUUUGAAGCUGUCUCUAAAGGUGGUUUAAUGCAACUGCUGAUGCAGAGAAUGGUUGUAGGUCCUGUUCCAAGUAUCCCCCCCCUUCAAAUGUCUCUCCCCGAGCAGAACAAACUGGUACAAGAUACUUCAAUUUGAACAAAAAUUCAACCUUGCAUUUAUUUUCUGAAGUGGUGUAACAAUAAAUCUUGGGGCUGAUGCUGUGUCCAGCUUCUGUGGAGGUUUUGGUUCAGCUGAACUGUUCCAAGCAUCAUUCAUGGAAAUACUUGUUCUCUGUAGUUCAGAUUCAGUUUGAAACAGUUGGGCUGAAUGUCUCGCCUAUGCAAACAUGUGGAUUAACAGCAGUUGAGAAGCAACUGGCAUUGUUUUUCUUUUGGUUUAGAUGCUGUUUACUAUGAAAAUUAUAUAAGAUUAUUUUCUAACUUUUUUUUUUUUCUUUUCAAUAAAUUGGUUCAUACUGCUUUAUAGAUGACAGAAUAAAACAACUCUACAGCUGAAAUAUUUGUUUUUUUUCCUCAUUGUGAGACUGAUGUUAAGGUUUGCUGGUGGGUUAUUCUGCCUUAACAUGACUGGCCUCUUGUAUGUACGCAAGGAAUUUAUUUACAUCAUAUAAAGAUCUUGACCUUUUUCUUUUUUUAUAAUGCCCUAAAUAAAAUGGUUUAUUGCAGUA